AAUUUUGAACGACAUUCGAUUUUCGACUGGGGUUCGGCAAAAGUUCUCUUCAAAUCUGAGAUACGUGGUUUUCUACAGAGAGAAGACAAUUAAUUAGUGGCGAUGGCGAUGGAUCCGGAUGCAGUUAAAUCGACUAUGCAAAAUCUAGCAUUUGGAAAUGUAAUGGCUGCAGCUGCUCGUAAUUAUCAGAAGGAAGUGUUGGCUCAAGAAAAGGCACAAACAUCAUCUUCUGUUAAUGAGGAGGUUGAUCUUGAUGAGUUGAUGGAUGACCCUGAGCUGGAAAAGUUACAUGCAGAUAGGAUUGCGGCACUUAAGAGAGAAGCUGAAAAGCGACAAUCAUUGACGAAGAAAGGACAUGGGGAGUACAGGGAGAUAACCGAAGGGGACUUUUUGGGUGAAGUCACUGGUAGUGAAAAGGUGAUUUGCCACUUCUACCAUCGGGAGUUCUAUCGCUGCAAGAUUAUGGACAAGCAUUUGAAGUCUCUUGCAACGAGUCAUCUAGAUGCCAAGUUUGUUAGACUAGAUGCGGAGAAUGCCCCUUUCUUCGUCACCAAACUAGGAAUCAAGACACUGCCAUGUGUUGUAUUGUUCAGAAAAGGAAUUGCAGGAGAUAGGCUGGUUGGGUUUCAAGAUCUGGGAGGAAAAGACGAUUUUAGCACGAGGAAGCUAGAAGCUUUAUUGAUAAAGAAAGGUAUUAUUGAAGAAACUAAAAAAGACGAUGACGAAGAAGGUGAAUAUGAUGAAAGUAGACGUAGGACGGUGAGAUCUUCCGCUAAUCAUGAUUCCGACUCGGAAUAAAAAGGUUGAAGGGAAAAUAACAUCUGCAUCCCGAGUUCGAUGAUCAACGUUAUUGUAUUGUAUAAUUUGCCAAGAUUUUGAGUUGCAGUCGUAAGAGUAGCAUCGAUGGAUCAUAUACGCAUCGGUCUGUAUCUUUUUUGUAUGAAUGUUAACU